AUGGGGCUGAACAAGAAAAAGGUAUCGAAGGGACUAUUGCAGAGUGAUGACUUGUAUCAGUAUAUCUUGGAGACUAGCGUGUAUCCGCGUGAACCGGAGCCUCUCAAGGAGCUGAGAGAGGCCACUGCCAGCCACCCCGGGGCUGGGAUGGGUACUGCACCAGAUGCAGGUCAGUUAAUGACCAUGCUAUUGAAGUUAGUAGAUGCAAAGAAGACGAUUGAAGUUGGUGUUUUUACUGGAUACUCUCUUCUCCUCACUGCUCUUACAAUUCCUGAGGAUGGCAAGAUUGUAGCCAUAGAUGUAGAUCGUGAGCCAUAUGAUCAAAUAGGAUUUCCAAUAAUAAAGAAAGCUGGUGUUGAGCACAAAAUUGACCUCAUUGAAUCUGAGGCCCUGCCCGUUCUUGAUAAGCUAUUGGAACAACAUGAAAAUGAAGGAAGUUUCGACUUUGCUGUCGUUGAUGCAGACAAGGUUAACUACUGCAAGUACCAUGAGAGACUAAUGAAGCUGCUGAAGGUGGGGGGUAUAGCUGUGUAUGAUAACACUCUAUGGGGAGGGACAGUUGUAAUGCCUAUUGAGUCGACUCCGGAACAGAUGAAACUAGGCAGACAGUCUAUUAUGGAGCUCAAUAAGUUGCUCGCUGCUGAUACUGGGGACCAAAUUUCCCAUGCUGCUUUGGGUGAUUGGAUCACAAUUUGUAGGCGACUGUACUGA